AUGUCAGGCCUGGAUAUAAUUUCGAAGAUUCGGCAAGAGGCCUUCAAUCAAGAAACAGAUGAAAAGCUCAUCUCUCAUCCAUAUCUUAAAGCUGCCGAAAAUGGGAUCCUAACGCUUGCUCAGCGACAAGCUUUUGCUAGAGAGCAGUAUCAUGUUCAGUUGUCCGACGCAAGAUCUUUUGCAGUUCUGGCAGGCCACGAAGGCUUUGCACCUUCGACUCUUACCGGUGCAAGUGUCCCAGAAGCCAAACGUGACAAGGUCGACUUAUUUCAAUUCCUCCUUGGGGGUGAAGUGUAUGCAGCACCGUUGCUCCUCAACUACGCAACGAAACUUGGGCUUGAUGAGGAUGCACUCCAAAAAUCGGCACCUUUGAACGCAAAAUCACAGGCAUAUCCUUCGUAUUGGGCCCGCCUAGCACUAUCGGGAAAUCGGGCGGCUGGAGCUGCUGCUUGUGCUGUCAACUUUCCUGCUUGGGGCCAAAUGUGCCGUAAACUGUUGGAUGCACUGAAAGAUGGCGAGGCCUACGAGGAGUACAAGGGUGACGACGAUGACGCUUUAGCUUUCGUCAAGUUUUUUGCCACGCCCAUCGAUGACUUGGACAAAAUGGCUGCAGCAAUCAUUGAUGAAGAGAAUGCAACCUAUGAAGAAAUCAUCGAGCCAGUGCGGCUCUUGCAACAGUACGAAAUUAUGUUCUGGGAUGGCAUUUUCGAAGCUGGCAACUAA